AUGUCUACCCAAACUGCUCCGGCCGUCCCCCCGCGACCGGCUCGAUCACCAAAGCCCCUCACGUCUAUAGACAACAGCAUGCCCAAAAUCCCUCCUCGCCCAUCCAACCGCCGCAUGGACCGGUCCAUGUCUCCAAUGCGGGACAGCUAUGCACCAUCUCCCUUCAACGAGUGGAGUGGCCCGAGUCUUAGCCGAACCACCUCGAACGAUAUUCCUCAGCGCCCUCCGAGUGUGACAAUUCCCUCGCUGGGUGAAGAGGGCAUUGAGUAUGCCGAUCUCAAUGUGGAGAACAUGUCCGAUAGCGUGAAUCAGGCUCCGGCAGAGACUCGCAACAUUAGCAAUGACCUUAAGAUUCAUGCUCCGAGACCUUCUCUCCCUACUUCGAGUGCUAAGGCAAAGGUGCAGGCGGUAACCCGUACGGAUUCUCGCCAGGCUGCAGCGGCCGGACUGGGUCGCGAAGCUUCUCCGGCACGCGAGGAGCAUGACCGUGCUGGUCGCCCGCUUCACUCCCGAGCGAGCCAUUCACGGGCCGAAUCUUCUACUGCGUCGUCUGAUCGUCGCCAUUCCGCGCAGCUCGGCGAGGAGCCCGGCUUCCGAGUUCCCAUGUACCCCAAUGCGGGUGACGUCCAGGCGCCGUCCCCGGCCCCGUCGUCUCUAGAUCAAGGUUCUCAACAGCGCCGUGGUCGUCACCACAACCGCAGUCGGAGUGGCCGAGACGCCUCCUUGCCUCCAGGCAGUUAUGGUCUUCACGGACACGGUGUGCCCAAUGCCGACAAGUUCGAGAAAGCAUGGUACGAAAAGCACCCCGAGGAGUUUGUCAAGGAAGAGGGGCAAUACGGCCCUGGUGUUGGCAGUCCUCGUCCCGAUUGGGCCUUGAGUAGCGAUGAUCUGAAUAAGAUUGUUCGAGCGCCAGCUUCGGCUGGCUCUGGUAGCGGUGCCUCGCCUGCUGCGGUUGGUACUCCCGAAGAAGAGGUUGGCUACCUUGCUUCAGAUGAAUAUAUGCAUCGCAUUGCAUCACCAGCUCCGGAUUCUCGGUUUGAUUCUCAGCCAGCCGUUGAGUCCCCUCUGCGAAAGAUGAGCUUCCCCGUUUCCGAGACUCAGCCGAAGAGCCCUACUCGAUCCACGCACCACCAUCGGAGCAGCUCAUGCGGUCAGCAUGAAGGCGUGAUUCAUGUCGACGAUCCCAUGCACCCCCUUCAUCACCCGGACGGCUUUGCCCCCACCCCUGCAUUCGAAAACCACACGCCCGAGGUAGAGGAAUCCACUGAAUACGAGGAGCCCAUUCUUGCCGCCGAUGAGAUGCGCCCAGAGUCGGCCUAUCUGCAUCCUGCAGUUUCCCCAACCUUUGAACACAGAGGUAGCUUCGAUGAAGAUGAGCAUAGGCGAACGCCUAGCUUUUCGCAUAGCCGUUCUAACAGCAGGUCAGCAAGUGCUGGAGCUGCUCCUAUGUUAACCCGUUACGACUCGCGUGAGACACAUGAGGAUAACCACACCCCCUUGGAAGAUGUCGAGGAAUACGAGCCCCUCUUCUCCGAGGACGAGUCUAAAAAAGAUGGCCCUAUCUCUGCGGCAGAGCGCUUCAAGAAGCGCCCAGAAACUCUGAAGCACCGAUUCCCUAGUCAGGAUAUUUGGGAAGAUACCCCCAACAGUCUACAAUAUUACACUACUGUGACGACUCCUGAUCUCCCCAAACGCGACCCUUCUGAGAGCUUCGAGACAUCCGAGCAGGAGGCCGCACGCCGCAUGAAGACAAAGAAGAUUGAUUCUCACAGGGUGGCUAGUUAUAUUCUUGAGGGCGAUAACGCUCGUGGCAAAGAUAAAACUGGGCGACCAGAUUACAAGCGCUUCCCCAGUCGAGACAUUUGGGAGGAUGUUCCCGACAGUCAGCAGCUUGUGACUACCGUCGAACCCGCCACAGAUGAACUUAAAAGCCCUGAUGCUUCCAAGCCUUCGAUCCCCCCCACGCCCGCAGAGACAAACACAAUCAACCGUCAGCCGCCAGUGAUUCCAGACCGACCCAAGCCUCAGAUUCCAACCCGCCCUGCAAAGCCUAGUUCCCAGGCUCCAGCCGAGGGUGCAGCCAUACCCAAGGCGAAGCCCACCAUUCCAGCCCGUCCUGGUGGCAGCAAAAUUGCAGCUUUGAAGGCUGGUUUCCUUACAGACUUGAACUCUCGCCUCCAGCUUGGUCCUCAACAACCCAAGCCCCAGGAGAAGGAGCCUGAGCCGGCGGCCGAGAAGCAGCCAUUGAGCGAUGCCCGCAAGGGACGAGCCCGGGGCCCGACUCGGAGAAAGCCCGCCGUAGAGAAUGCCAAUGCCAGACUACCCACCAUCCCCGAGAUCAAGAUCACCACGGCAUGGAACGUCUGGUCUGUCGGAGAAGACGGCGGUCUGACCGUCGGCAACGAGGCAUCUCCCUCCAAAACCGAACCCUCCAUUCCAUCCGUACUCCCCGCAGCCCCCGCACUGGCCAAGAACACGGCUGGUGAACCUGUCGAUCCAACCCCGGAAUCACCAGCCGCUGAAAUUGUUUCACCCGGCACUGCCCAACCCGACACCGACCCAAUUGCCGACGGACCCGAGACCACAGAAACUGUCGAAUCCUCCGUGAUACCAUCCGAAUCUGCACCCAAAACAGACUUGCCCGGAGAAUCUCCAGUAGGAGCCGCGGCCGUUUCCGAAGCGAUUCCAACCUCCACAAAGCUAGAUGACGCCCUUGAAAACAUGGUCGCAGCAGCUGACGGCAAGCAGUCGUCUGAUGGCGAUAUCCACGCAACCGAGGGGUACUAA